UUAUUUUUAUUUUAAGCUAUUGUAUUCGUAGUUGUUUUUCAUUUUACAUAUUAUAUAGUUUCGUAUUUAAUAGCGAUUGAUAUUCAUCCGCAACACUGUCCACAAGUCGUUACUCGUUGGUCUUAUGUUUUUUCAACGUAAACGUUUUGUUUCUGAUUCAGCUGCUGUCUAAUCAGCGGUCUUGGCGAUGACGGACCAACAACAGGAACAGUAUGAAGAGCAGCACAGACGGUGGUACGCCGAGUGGGUCCGGAAGCAGUACGACGGGCCGGGCUGCAGAGCCAAGAUCGUCGGACGGGCCAAGUACGAGCAGAUAGUGCGCGCGGUCAGGGGCGAGCUGCGGCGCGCAGCCGACAACUCCAAAUUCCGGUUCUGGGUGCGGGCCAAGGGGUUCCGGAUGGGAAGACCGUCGUCGGGUUCAGCAGCGCAAGCGGAUGACUUGGACAUUCUGUACGUGGUGGACACCAGGAACGGCGGCACGGCCGCAGCAUCGAUGCAGACGGGCAGCGGUUCCAGGCAGCAACAGAACUUCAGCUACAAAAAAGUGGCCGUGGUUGACGAAUUCUUUGAUAUAAUAUACAGAGUGCACUGCAGCGGUGGAGGUGUUUCGGCUCGACACUCGGGACAAAAGCGUACGCACAGAAUGAUCAUGGAGACGUAUGCUUUUCUACCCAGGGAGGCGGUGACAGCAUUUUUAAUGGGAUGUCCUCAGUGCAGCACCAAUAACCCUACGUCGGCGUCUGCGGUCGACGCGUCUGUAGACAGUCUACAACAGACUCCCCUUUCCGUCACUAAUAGUGAACUUUUUCAAUGCGCUAAGGUAGAACAAUGGUCGUCAUCGACGUUCGCGUGUUCUACUCCGGUAAAACAGAACGAGGAAAGCAGUAGUGCUGUAAAAACAGAAUAUGAUAGUGCACUCUCAACUGUCGCCAUUGAAAUAGCCACGGGGGCCGAUAAGGAGAAUGUUACGGAUAAUGAAUGUCACAUUGCUGUGGUAGCAGCGACAAAGGGUGGCAACAAGCGUAAACGUACUGUUCCGUUGAAACGUAACGUUCGGCAGCCGUGCCAAGUCAUAGAAGUCCCCACUGCUGCUACCACGACAGCCGGUAACUCAAGCUCGGAUAGUAGCACUUUGAAGAAUAGUAGCAACAGCAGCUGCACGCUGAUAUUGUCAUCGUCGUCGUCGUCGUUGUCAUCCCGUACGGAAUCGUGUAGUGGUGUUAGUAGAUCGAGUGGUGGUUGGUGGUCAAAAUGGGGAGUGUGUAGUAACGGUAGCAGAUUAAGCGUGAGUGUAGGUGGUAGUGAUUUUAGUGGCGUCAACAGUAAUAUGCAACCGUUAGACUUGUCCUCUUCACCACUAUUAAAAGUUUCACCCACGCAAACGACGAUCCGAUCAUCGUCGUCUCCGUCAGAAGUCGCAGAUGAUUUUUUUUACAAGCGUAAGCGCGUACGGCGCCGACGUGUUCGACCAAAACGUUUGAACCGGUCAUCAUUAGGUUAUCGUGGAUGUCAUUACGAAGAUAUAGACACAACGGUAAGUGAUUGUGAUGGUGAUUACGAGGUAGUUAAAAAUUGUUAUCGAGAUAGUGAUAAUGGUGACAUUGGUAGUGGUGUUAACGAAGAGGUUGAUGAAAGUAUUACGAACGAACAACAUAACGUGGUGACGGGAGAAAAUGUUGGAGGUGGAGAGAUGGACGAGGAAGAUGAUGGUCCUAAACCGGCUAAAAUGCAGAGAAGAAUGGGUGAUCGUAAAAAUAAUAACAACGAUGACGAUUGUUAUGAUAAAGCGGCAACUGUGGUGACGUUAGCGUUGAAAACAACGGUAGCAGCUAUAAGCUGUUGUGUUGGUGACAGUGGCCAAAAAGAAACUGAGGACGCUGUAUCCAGGAACAUGGUGAUGGAAGGACCACUAGAGGAGACAUCGGAAAUACCAGAAGGAUUCACUGAAAUUGACGAAACCGAAGUGGACAAAUCGGACAAAAAUCAAGAAAAGAGUGCAGCUCUGCAUUCGCCUAUAAACAAAAGGAUGAAUGGCAAUGGUCACCAUCCUUAUCAUAUGCACCACACAUCCAGGAGUAUUAUGAAUGGUCUUGCAACGUCUUCAUCAGCAUCAUCACUAUCGUCAUUGGAUACAAUUACUACUAGCAGUAACAGUCACCAUAAUUUUCAUCGGCAUUGGUUAGAUAUGGCAAACGAUUCUGUAAAUAACACUAAUAUGAUGGACGUGGACGGAUCGGCGGAUGACAACUCUAUGGCGGCCGCUGCAGCCGCGGCUGCUGCUGCUCUGCUCUUUAGCCCACCGUCGUCCGUCGGCAGUGGUAUAUCACCAGGUGGACCAUUAUCAUCCUUACACCCUAACUCACAUCUUGCGCAUCACCACGCUUUGUCACCACUGGCACCGCUCGCCCUGCCACCUCAUUCGGCUGCGGGUAUUGGAUUGACGCCUGCGCAUCACCAUCAUCACCAGCACAUCCAGCAACAACUACAACAGUAUGCAGCGGCCGCUGUUGCUGCAGCCACCGCAGCAGCCGCGGCUGCAGCUGCCGCGUCCUCAGCUGGUGAUUCAACAUCACCACCCCCGAAUUUGCCGCUAUCUUUGCCCCCUAUGGCACAUCACUACAGCCAAAAUAACAACAUAAGUGGUACAAAUAAACGUCGAAGUACCAGUGGUACUGGCCUGACAGUACAACAACAGUUGUAUCGGAGAAGUGGGACUCCUACGUCCUCCACUACAUCAUCGCCAUCACCGAGACUAUUAAAUUCCAAAAAUGACGCUGAUACAACUACAAGUGGUACUGGUUUGCAUGAAAACAGCAGCUUUUCGACAUCGGGACUUCCAACUACUACGACGACUGUGCUUUGGCCGCCUUUGGGCCUUCUCACUGCAGCACAUCAGCAGCAUCAUCACAGUAUGUCAUCACCUCCAAAAUUUCAGCAAUUAUUUGGUUCGUCGGUUAACUCUCUGGCCACAGUUACAGCUGGAUCACAAGUUCUACCAUCAUUGCCACCACCACCAAUUUCAUCGCCUUCGUCUUCAUAUCGACUACCGUCCAAAGAAACAAAUGGUAUGGUGGUGACUACCACAAACGGUAUUGUUACUGGUAACGAUAUUGGAAUUGGAACUGGUGCUGAGAAUGUAAUGAACGCAGACGAAGAUGAUACGGCAAUUGAUGACGAAGAAGAUGAAGAAGAUGAGGAGGAUGAAGAAGAAGAAGAGGAGGAUCUUGAUGAUGACGAUAUCGAGGAAGGAGAAGAAGAUGCAGACGAAGAAGAAGGAGAAAGGAAUGCAGAUGGCGGAGAUGGAAAUGGUAUACAAUCUCGGCGAUUGCGCAGGCAACAAGUUAGACGUUUACGACAACUACAGCGUGCUGCUAACGGAAAUAACAAUGCAAAUGACGGCACUGAUUCCGGAAUUACAACAAGCUACCGCCAACACUGGCAACAACCUUCUACUACCACAAAUUCUGCCAACUCUGUAUCACAACAGCAACAUCAGCAUUCCAUUGGGUCAUCAUCUCAACAUCAUAUAGAUCCGGAACGUUUAAAAGCGUUCAACAUGUUUGUCCGAUUGUUCGUGGAUGAAAAUUUAGACAGACAGGUGCCUAUCAGCAGACAACCGAAAGAUAAGGUACAGGCGAUUAUUGACUCAUGUGGACGACAGUUUCCUGAACUUUCAGAUAGGUCACGUAAACGCAUCAGAACCUAUUUGAAAUCGUGCCGUCGCAAUAAGCGAAACACCCCACAAUCUGGCGGUGCUGUUUCAUCGUCACCUCCUCCACCAACUAAUCCGUGGCCAGCAAAUGGUUCCUCUUCUGAUCCAACAGUGCAGCCGCAAAGGCCCACGCCAGCCCAUUUAACAAGUGCCCAGGCUGAAACUAUAUUAGCAGUAGCUUGUCAGCGCGAGUCAGAUAAUGCCCGACGAAUGCGCCUUGGUCUUGAACCCGUUGCACAGCCUUAUCCAUAUUCAGUUGCUUCAACUUCGGCAUCUAAUGUAUUUCAACAACCUGCCGGUACCCUACAAUUGAACCAAAACGGAAGCGGUGGAGCUACAUUGCAAAUGUCGUCGACGUCAUCGGAUGAAGACGCCGGUGGAGGUGACAGUAGUUUUGAAAAAACAUCCUCUAAUGCUAUUGAAGCUGACACUGAGCAUCGCAACGGUAACGACGAUGCUGAAAACCGUGAUGGUUGUGACCGUCGAGACGUUAACGAAUCUAUUGAAGGUGGAUCUGGUGGCGAUUCGGGAAAUAUGUCAAACACUGUUAAUGACGAAUUGAAUUUGUCAAAUGUGACUUGUGGAGCUAGCGUUACAUCUUCAUCUCCCAAUAAUAAUGAAACUGCUGGACCAACCGACUUGAGUGUUAAUAAAACGCCUUCUGCUUCCACCCACAGUAUGGGUACUAGUACUGUGGCUGCUAUUCCACCAGCACCAACAGGAGGUGGAUAUAUGAGCGGUGCUGGUUUUAGAGGUCUCUCUACGACGACAUCAACUACAACAGUCAACCAUCGUCGAAUCAGCAGUAACAACUCGUCCUCAACUACUGGUAUGCUGCAGUUGUUUCCAACCAUGAACACGGCAUCCAGUAUCUCCAGUGGUACUACGCCCACGCUUCCAAUACAACCCUCAAUGCUUAGCCAAACAACACCACCAGCACAACCAAGCAGUAAACUUUUGAACAAAGCCGACGUGGUAACUGUGAGGCAGCUCAUCGCUGGCUACAGGGAAUCAGCGGCUUUCCUAUUGCGUUCUGCUGACGAAUUAGAACACCUUUUGUUAUUACGAGGAUAAUUUCGAUUAUAAGCCACUGUAGAAUAGUCAAUAAACGUGUUGAAUUUUUUUUUUUUUUAAUAUCUCUGUUUUUGUGUAAAGUACAAACAAUUAUUAACUAAUUUGUAAUUAUUAAUAUUUUUUUUUUUUUUUGUGUGUUGUGUGUGUGUGUGUGUGUGCAAAGCACAGUCAAAAUUGAAAAUCCAUUGUUGUGCUUAGUGUACGAUUUGUUAUUACUUCUUCAUUAAUUAUAAUAUUGAUGAAGAGGAGGAUGACAUAGAGUGUACCUGUGGCACACGAUAGGAUUAUAUUGACGUGCACUAUUCAUAUUAUAUUGUUAUUGGAGUGAAAAAUAAACAUAACAUAAAUAUUAUAGUAUUAUGACUAUUAUUAAAU